GCGGAGAGAAGGUGAUCAAUCUCCAUCCGUCUCCAUUAGAAAUCACCUUAACACUCUGACAGACAACGACAAGCCCCCUGAAAGCAAAUGAGUUUGAUUUAUUUGGCUGCAAAAACACCCGGAACCGCACCGAGGACGCGGUGACGCCCGCGUGCUGAUUAACUGCGUGUUUUCUCUCUCCGUGAUGCUGCCCGGUUUGCUCACUGUUGUUUGUUUUUGAGCAAGUCUGCCGCUGUUUGAGUUUUGUGCCCUGCAGACUUCCUACUGCUGGAUAAUUUCACUGCUGCUCGCCUCUUGUGACCCGGGAGCUCGGGAGAAGGGAAGAGGAGGAAAAACAAGUGACUUGGAUCGGCCCCCUGUCCCGUCAAGCUGCAGCAUCGGGGGAAACCGAACCACUGGCCUGAGCUGGGUGGAGCUGUGACCGCCUGUAGCAUGAUGUCCUACCUCAAACAGCCCCCCUACGGCGUCAACGGCCUGGGGCUCAGCGGCGCUGCCAUGGACCUGCUGCACCCCUCAGUGGGCUACCCAGCGACUCCCAGGAAGCAGCGACGGGAGCGGACAACCUUCACCCGCUCUCAGCUCGACGUCCUGGAGGCUCUGUUCGCCAAAACCCGGUACCCGGACAUCUUCAUGCGGGAGGAGGUCGCACUGAAAAUCAACCUGCCGGAGUCCAGAGUCCAGGUGUGGUUCAAGAACCGGAGGGCCAAGUGUCGCCAGCAGCAGCAGAGCGGCAGCAGUGCCAAAGCCAGGCCGCCCAAGAAGAAGUCUUCUCCAGCACGGGAGAGCACCGGCUCCGAGAGCAGCGGCCAGUUCACACCGCCUGCCGUCUCCAGCACGGGCUCGUCCUCGUCCUCAUCCUCCUCCACCAAUCACACAGGCGCGGCGGCGCUCAGCAGCACCUCUACCUCCAUCAGCACCGUCUCCUCCAUCUGGAGCCCGGCUAUCUCCCCUGGAAACGCUCCUGCUCCCGCCGUAGCCCCGCUUCCAGAGCCAGGACCCCCUUCUAACGCCUCCUGUAUGCAGCGUUCAAUGUCAGGCUCUGCCGCCGCCGCCACCUCCUACCCCAUGUCCUACAACCAGACGCCAGGCUACGGCCAAGGCUACCCCACCCCGUCCAGCUCUUACUUCAGCGGCGUGGACUGCGGCUCCUACCUGGCCCCCAUGCACUCCCACCACCACCCCCACCAGCUCAGCCCCAUGACGGCCUCCUCCAUGUCGGGCCACCCGCACCACCACAUCAGCCAGUCGUCAGGCCACCACCACCAUCACCACCACCACCAGGCCUACGGCGGCUCCAGCCUGGCCUUCAACUCCUCCGACUGCCUGGAUUACAAAGAGCAGACUGCAGCCUCCUCGUGGAAGCUCAACUUUAACACCACGGACUGCUUGGACUACAAAGACCAGGCCUCCUGGAGGUUCCAAGUCUUGUGAUCAGGCUUUUUUUUCCUUCCUCCCCGCUCGUCCGCUCCCUCUUUUACUUUCCAGAUUAGCAUAUUGCUUGUUUUUAAAAGACAAAAAGAGUUUAUGAACCGUAAGAUAACAAGAUAGCAGCAGGAAUGCUCAACAAUCGGACUUUGUUUUCCUCCCUCUCGUCCUCCACGUCUUUUAAAAACAAAAACAAAAAAAGAAGAAAAAUGCCCUGAAAUGAAGAGAAAACAUCAGGACAAGCUUCCUGACGACGAAGAGUGAGUUUUUAAGACGCUCAUUCUUGGAUGACCUUAAGAAACUACUUUUCAAAACUACAAAAAAAAGUCAUUUCAACCAAACUCCUUUGACCACCAGCUCUCUGGCUCUCUGGAUGGGAGGAAUAUUUUCCCCUCUGGUGCACCGACAGGAACUGCCUGCAGUGCCCCUCUUUACCUCCAAAACCCAAUCAAAUCCUGUAUAGUUUUUAUUUCUGAAAUUUGUUAUUUUAGGAUGA